UUGGAAACACUGAAACACAUAUUGCUCGUUUGUUGUCGUUUGUUAGCGGUUGUUGGUACUAAGUAUUUCAAAUUUCGGAAAAAAUUCGAAUAUAAAAUUCAGUUGUAGUUGGUCAUUUCCUAUUAAUAUACAAGCGCUGAAUAUUUUUUAAGAAUGUCUGACGUUAACAGUAAUGGCGAAUCAAAAUUUGGUUUCAAAGAUAAGGAAAAGGCUGAGGAAACUUUAAUCCGUUUGGAAAGUCAUGAUAUGCAAUAUCGGAAACUAACUGUGCGCGGUUUACUAGGUCGAGCCAAACGUGUUUUAUCAAUGACUAAAGCUGAAGAUAAAUUAAAAAACAUUAGUGAAGCUAUAGACGUUUUUGAGAAAUGGUUGGACGAGAAUGGUGGCGGUGCUGGUAAUCAAAAUAGCAAAACUGAUAAAGAGGACAAAGUGGAGACAGUGCCCGGCUUGGGCUUUAAAGAUAAAGAAGCUGUUAAAACUACUUUAAAAAUUUUGGAAGAUCGUGAUCCUGAAUAUCAAAAAUUUGCAAUUAAGGGUUUGAUCGGCAGUGCUAAACGCGUACUUGCUGGUACUAAAAACGAAGAGAAAAUCAAAUCUAUUAAGGAAGGCAUUCAAAUGUUAGAAGAUUUCCUAGAGAAAUUUGAAACUGAAAAUAUGAUGAAAGAUAAUCGAGCAUAUUUACCCUAUGAUUUCAUAGUUGAAUUACCUGAACCGAUUGAUAAACUGCAAGCAGAGUUCAUUAAGGUCUAUGGUGGGGCAAAAGUGCACGGAAAUUACAAACAUCUACGUACUUUGUAUCCGGAAGAAUGUGAUCAAACAUCUUGGGAUAUAGUACGCAAUAGAAAUAUAAAGAAAAUUUUAGAAAAAAUCAAAACUGAAGAAAGUAAAUUAUUCAAUGUUGAAGAUGGGAAACCUACAGAGUUGCAUAUGCAAUUAAUACAUUGGGCUUAUAGUCCGCAACCAGACAAAAUCAAAGCGUACAUUGAACAAAUGGCUAAAGAAAAGAAAGCGAAAGCAGAAAAACGUAAAUGUGACGAAAAUUUGCAUGAGAUGAACGAUCCUGAAGAAAUUAAAGAGAAAAUGGAAAAUGGUCCAUCACCCGAAAAGAAAGUGAAAGCUUCUUAAAAAAAAAAUUAUUCUUUUUUUUUUUUUUUUUUUGG